AUGGCCAACUCCAAAAGCAGCCAGUUCAUCCCUGCAGCCAUGCUUCUUUGUGCCCUACUAAUCAUGCUCACCUUGGAUUUCACAGCUGCCAGUGUAGGGGUCUGCUACGGAAUGAUGGGAAACGACCUGCCCGACCCAUCGAACGUGGUGGCUCUAUUGAAGCAGCACAACAUCCAACUCUUGAGAAUGUACAACCCCCACGACCCCACCCAGCAGGCCCUUAGUGGGUCCGGCAUUGAGCUCGUGCUCGGCGUCCCGAAUACCGACCUCCAGUACGUGGCCGCCAGCCAGGCCAACGCCGACAAAUGGGUCCAGACCAACGUUAAGAGCUACCCCAAUGUUCGAUUCAGGUACCUUGCGGUGGGGAACGAGGUUAGCCCUUUGAUCAGCGGCUCGUCCCAAUACGUAUCCUCCGUCCUUCCGGCCCUCCAAAACAUCCAAAAGGCCAUCAACUCGGCCGGGCUCGGCAGCCAAGUCGCCGUCUCGACUGCAGUCGAGAUGACUCUCCUCGGCACGACGUUCCCGCCGGCCGACGGGGCUUUCCAUCCCGAAGUGGCCUCGUACAUCAACCCCAUCAUCCAACACCUCGUUGAGAACCAUGCCCCGCUCCUCGUCAACAUCUACCCAUACUACACAUACAUAGCGAGCAAAUCGCAGAUCGACUUGGACUACGCGCUCUUCAUGUCCCCCAACGGGACCGAGGCGGGCGGGGUCCACUACCCGAACCUCUUCUCCGCGAUGCUGGACUCGGUGUACGCGGCUCUCGAGAAGAGCGGCGGCUCGUCGUUGGAGGUCGUGGUGUCGGAGAGCGGGUGGCCGUCUGACGGCGGGGACACGGCCUCGAUGGACUACGCGAAGACUUACAACACCAACUUGCCUCAGCACGUGGGGGCAGGGACCCCCAAGAGGCCCGGGAAGGAGAUCGAGACGUACAUGUUCGAUCUUUUCGACGAGAACGAGAAGAGCCCCGAGCACGAGAAGCAUUUCGGGCUGUUUCAUCCGAACGGGCAGCCUAAGUAUGAUGUCAGUUUUGCCUAA